AUGUCUGGCCGAACAAAGCAAGCCAUCCCAUCUACCCCGCGCGUCAUAUCGCCGAGUCCGACGCCGUCAGAGCAGGAUGGAACCGGCCAGGAUGGAUACAGCGGGCCGAUGACUCGGUCGGCGGCGAGGAGGAGGCUGGCGACGCCAUUACCAGUAGAGGAGGAUAUCGAGGAGGACGAGAGCCCAGAACUCUCAAGGGCCCGGACACGAAGCCGCAGCCCGAUCGACACGCGAAAGGUGGCCCAACUAAGCCCAAGGAAAACUUCAAGGAUGGCAUCCAGCGCUCUCAAGCCGAUCGCGGCGGCGGCGGCGACGACGACAGCCAUCGCAACGCCCAACGGGAGCACGGGCGAAAAAGCACCAGAAACAAAUGGGCACCUCUCCCCGCCCACACCAUCACUUUAUUAUGGAUGGAGCUGGCGGGACUUUAGCCGAAGUCCCAGCCCACUCGGUCUGAUUCCCAUCCACAGGCACUGGAGGACGUUUGUGCACAAGCACGAGGUACCCCGGAAGGCCCUGCACGUAUCCAUCGGCUUCUUCGUCGUAUGGCUCUACCUCUCGGGGACACAAACUUAUUCUGUGUGCCCCUACCUCAUGGGUGCCUUGAUACCCAUCGCCGCCGUGGAUGUGGUGCGCCAUCACUACCAGCCAUUCAACCGGUUUUACGUCAAGGUCCUGGGCGCCCUGAUGCGCGAGAGCGAGUUUUCCGGUUACAACGGUGUUAUCUUCUACCUCUUGGGUGCGUGGACGGCCCUGUACUUUUUCCCCAAGGAUGUCGGAGUUAUGGCCACGCUGCUGCUGAGCUGGUGUGAUACGGCCGCAAGCACCUUUGGCAGGCUAUAUGGGCGGUACACCCCCCGUCUCCGCCGCGGCAAGUCCCUUGCUGGCUCUUCGGCUGCGUUCCUUGUCGGCGUCGGGACGGCUGUGUACUUUUGGGGGUGGCUCGCCCCGACCAAGGGACCCUUCCCGGGAGAUGAGAACUUUAUGUUUACGGGAACUCUCCGUCUCCCUCAACUCUUGGCGGAUGCUGCGGGCCUGGCCCCGGCGAAGGCGACUAUUUCUGGAGGGCUUGCGCUUGGUGUCAUGAGUUUGUGGUCUGGGUUUGUGGCUGCGGCUAGCGAGGUGGUUGACCUCUUUGGCUGGGACGAUAAUCUGACCAUUCCGGUUCUCAGCGGUCUCGGAAUUUGGGGGUUUCUCAAGGUGUUUGGUUAA